CGCGAUAGGGUAGCGUUACGUAGUGAACGCGGGUGUUGAAGAAAGGUCUAGCAACCGCGCCAAUGUGCUGCUGGUGAUUGUUUGUUGUCUUUCAUUAUCAACAAUUGGAUAUUUCCCAUCAAAUCACACGAGGUUGGGAGAGUCACAUUGCGACAUUACAAGAACCACAUUCUAAUUCUAUAAACGCGUUAAAUCACCGAUUCGCGGUGGUAAUUCAAGAACAAUGUCGGAGAGUCCAAGCGGCGUGGAACAGCGGGAAGAACCGACUGAACUGAAACUUGAAGAACCCGCACAAGCCGAGGCAAAGUCCGACUCUUCAGAUGCAGGUAAAGAGUCGUCGUCAUCGGAGGCUGGGCAGGAUGCUCAAGAUGCCUCAUCAUCACAACCGACGGAAGGGCUACCUGCCUAUGAAGAGAAAGUGCUAACAGAUCGAACCAACAGAUUUGAAUACCUGCUGAAGCAAACAGAGGUGUUUGCUCACUUCAUUCAACCAGCAGCGCAAAAGACUCCGACCUCUCCGCUGAAGAUGAAGCCAGGGCGCCCCCGCGUCAAGAAAGAUGAGAAACAAAACCUCCUAUCUGUAGGAGAACAGAGAGGCGAAAUAGACAACAGCAACCGGCAUCGUCGCACCGAACAGGAGGAGGACGAGGAGCUCCUGAGUGAGAGCAACAAGACCACCACCGUGUGUACUCGCUUCGACGACUCGCCCUCCUAUGUAAAGGGGGGUAAAAUGAGAGAUUACCAGGUCCGCGGUCUGAACUGGCUCAUCUCUCUGUACGAAAACGGAAUCAACGGCAUCCUUGCUGAUGAGAUGGGAUUAGGGAAGACUCUGCAGACCAUCUCCCUGCUUGGCUACAUGAAGCACUACAGAAGCAUCCCCGGCCCCCACAUGGUGCUGGUGCCCAAGUCCACGCUGUACAAUUGGAUGAACGAGUUCAAGCGCUGGGUCCCAUCGCUCCGUGCCGUCUGCCUCAUCGGAGACCGGGAACAGAGGAAUGCCCUGAUCAGAGAUGUCCUUCUGCCAGGGGAGUGGGACGUGUGCGUCACUUCCUAUGAGAUGCUCAUCAUCGAGAAGGCGGUCUUCAAGAAGUUCAACUGGCGGUACCUGGUCAUUGACGAGGCCCACAGGAUCAAGAACGAGAAGUCCAAGCUUUCAGAGAUUGUGCGUGAGUUUAAGACCACCAACCGCCUCCUGCUGACUGGAACACCCCUGCAGAACAACCUCCACGAGCUGUGGGCUCUGCUCAACUUCCUGCUCCCCGACGUCUUCAACUCCUCAGAGGACUUUGACUCCUGGUUCGACACCAACAACUGCCUGGGUGAUACGAAGUUGGUUGAACGUCUUCACACUGUGCUCCGGCCCUUCUUACUGCGGCGUAUCAAAGCCGACGUGGAGAAGUCUCUGCUUCCCAAGAAGGAGAUCAAGAUGUACGUCGGCCUGAGCAAGAUGCAGAGAGAGUGGUACACCAAGAUCCUCAUGAAGGACAUCGACAUCCUGAACUCUGCCGGAAAGAUGGACAAGAUGCGCCUGCUGAACGUGCUGAUGCAGCUGAGGAAGUGCUGCAACCACCCCUACCUGUUCGACGGGGCCGAGCCAGGCCCGCCCUACACCACAGACCUCCACCUGGCGGUCAACAGUGGCAAGAUGAUGGUGCUGGACAAGCUGCUGCCCAAGAUGAAGGAACAAGGUUCCCGUAUCCUAAUCUUCAGCCAGAUGACCAGGAUGCUGGACAUCUUGGAGGACUACUGCAUGUGGAGGAACUAUAACUACUGCCGCCUGGACGGUCAGACUCCUCACGAGGACAGACAGAUCUCCAUCAACGCGUACAACGAGCCCAACAGCAGCAAGUUCAUCUUCAUGCUGUCCACAAGGGCCGGAGGCCUGGGCAUCAACCUGGCCACGGCCGACGUGGUCAUCCUCUACGACUCGGACUGGAACCCCCAGGUGGACCUGCAGGCCAUGGACCGAGCCCACAGGAUUGGCCAGCAGAAGCAGGUGCGUGUGUUCCGCUUCAUCACGGAGAACACGGUGGAGGAGAGGAUCGUGGAGAGAGCCGAGAUGAAACUACGGCUAGACUCCAUCGUCAUCCAGCAAGGUCGCCUGGUUGACCCAAAUGCCAGCAAACUGGGCAAGGACGAGAUGCUGUCCAUCAUCCGCCACGGGGCCACCCACGUGUUCGCCUCCAGGGAGAGCGAGAUCACCGACGACGACAUCGACGCUCUGCUGGAGAAGGGCGAGAGGAAGACGAUGGAGAUGAAGGAGAAGAUGGCCACCAUGGGCGAGAGCUCCCUGAAGAACUUCACUAUGGACACGGAGAACAGCAGCGUGUACACAUUUGAGGGAGAGGAUUACAGGGAGAAGAAGAAGGUGAUCACCAACUGGAUCGAGCCUCCCAAGAGAGAGCGCAAGGCCAACUACGCAGUGGACGCCUACUUCAGGGAAGCCCUGCGCGUCAGUGAGCCCAAAGCCCCCAAGGCUCCUCGUCCGCCAAAGCAACCCAACGUGCAGGACUUCCAGUUCUUCCCCCCUCGUCUGUUUGAGCUCCUGGAGAAGGAGAUCCUGUUCUACAGGAAGACCAUUGGCUAUAAGGUGCCCCGGAACCCAGAGGUUCCCAACUCAGCCCAGCACCAGAAGGAGGAGCAGGCCAAGAUCGACGAGGCUGAGGCCCUCACAGAGGAGGAGCUGGAGGAGAAGGAGAACCUCCUCUCCCAGGGUUUCACCAUUUGGAACAAGCGGGACUUCAACCAGUUCAUCAAGGCCAACGAGAAGUGGGGGCGGGACGACAUUGAGAACAUCGCCCGAGAAGUGGAGGGCAAGACGCCAGAAGAAGUGAUGGAGUAUUCUGCGGUGUUCUGGGAGCGCUGCAACGAGCUGCAGGACAUUGAGAAGAUCAUGGCCCAGAUCGAGAGAGGAGAGGCCAGGAUCCAGAGGAGGAUCAGCAUCAAGAAGGCUUUGGACUCCAAGAUCGGCCGCUACAAGGCGCCCUUCCACCAGCUGCGGAUCUCCUACGGCACCAACAAGGGCAAGAACUACACGGAGGAGGAGGACCGCUUCCUCAUCUGCAUGCUGCACAAGCUGGGCUUCGACAAGGAGAGUGUGUACGACGAGCUGCGCCAGUGCAUCCGCAACUCCCCGCAGUUCCGCUUCGACUGGUUCCUCAAGUCCAGGACUGCCAUGGAACUCCAGAGGAGAUGCAACACGUUGAUCACGCUGAUAGAGCGAGAGAACAUGGAGCUGGAGGAGAGGGAGAAGGCUGAGAAGAAGAAGAGGGGUCCUAAGUCCACCUCUGCCCAGAAACGCAAGUCGGAUGGAAACCCAGACGGCCGUGGUCGCAGGAAGAAAUUGAAGUUGUAGAGUUGACCGUGUUGGUGUACAGGCCUUGACCCUGUUGGUGUACAGGUCUCUACAACCUUUUAGUGUACAGCACGUAUAUCGUGACGAAUAAAAGCAACUAGCUCCACCAUAGUAGUCCUAGUUCCCUUAGUCUGUUCAUAUCCGUUGCAGGUGUGUGACCUUUGUAACGUAUACAACCUCCAAUUGGACUGAAGAUUUCCCAACUAGAGUUGGUUUGGUUGUAGAAGGUUAUUAUAAAAUAAUAGUUUGCAGGCCUGCCUUUUUGGUGACUUCAGUAUUGCAGCUGGAUAGUUCUGGUUGCAACGAUAUUUUUGCUAGUACUCGAGUUUGUUCAGAUAAAUGUAUUUAUGUUGUUGGUUAUGCCACAUUCCAUUGAUUGCAAGGAUUAUGUAUCUUUAUGUCUAAAAGAAUCACUCGUUCCCUUACUUUGGUAUAUGUGAAGUAGAAGGUGUCUUUUUCAAUGUCACUAAUAAACUUCCCCAUUUUAUAUUUAAA